GCUGCUCGCUGUCUAUUCGCUAAUUACUAGUGAUUGAGGAACCGAAUGAAGCCCGUGUCCGUAGGUUAUUUGACUUUUAUUAGUGCUGCUGUAACUUCUACGGCGACUCAAAGCAAAAGCUGUCCGUGCGUAAAAGGUCAUUAUGUGACGUGUCCAUGCCUGAUUUUGUCUCAUGCCCUCAUAGUCUUUAGUUGAAUAUAGGUGAAAACUAAUUUGUGGAAAACUAAAUUGGCAACAGUUUUUUUUUAUUUUUUUUAUAAUAAAUCAUAUUUUUUUUAUUAUAGUUGUUGCCUUUCAACUAAUCAUGAUACUGAAAUCAGUGGACAAUUAGAUAGUUGAUAGUUGUCCGUAUCAUUCCCGUUUAAUUGUCGAUGAGGACUGAACAGGGCUGACGCACAAAAACCAGCCAUAGUAACGUUGUCAUUUCGGGUCCUGCUCCCGGAGCCGGAGCGUAACGCGUGACGCACUGGGGAGGCGCGUCCAACCUCUCCCAUAAAUUCGCUGCCCGCUCCUCUUCGGGCUUCAAAGCGCAAGCGAGGUUUAAGACCCCUCACAUCACUGAAGGGAUAUAAAGACACAGACCUGUCAGGGCACCGUCUGCUGCGGCUAUGAUUAAAAAAAUGUCACCGUCCGAGAACGAGUUCGACAUACCCGCCAAGAACUGCCACAGGAUGGUGAUUCUGGGCUCCACUAAAGUUGGAAAGACCGCGAUCAUCUCUCGGUUUCUCAACGAGAGGUUCGAUGACCAGUACACGCCGACCAUUGAGGACUUUCAUAGAAAACUCUACAGCAUCAGGGGGGACGUUUACCAGCUGGACAUUUUGGACACAUCUGGAAAUCAUCCGUUCCCUGCCAUGAGGAGACUCUCGAUUCUUACUGGUGAUGUGUUCAUCUUGGUGUUCAGCCUGGACAACAGAGACUCCUUCCAGGAGGUGCAGCGCCUGAAACGCCAGAUUUACGAGACAAAGUUCUGCCUGCGCAACAAAACCAAGGAGAACGUGGACGUCCCGCUCGUCAUCUGCGGGAACAAGUGCGACAGGGACGUUUACCGCGAGGUGCAGGAGGACGAGAUCGAGCAGCUGGUGAGCGGGGACGAGCACUGCGCUUACUUUGAGAUCUCGGCGAAGAAGAACACCAACGUCGACCAGAUGUUUCAGACUCUCUUCACUAUGGCCAAGCUGCCCGACGAGAUGAGCCCCGACCGCCACUGCAAGGUUUCCCUGCAGUACUGCGAGGUUCUGCACAGAAAGUCAUUCAGAAGCAAGAAGUGCAAAGACGGACACGCAUAUGGGAUCGUGGCGCCGUUUGCACGGAGACCCAGCGUGCACAGCGACUUGAUGUACAUAAAGGAGAAAGCAGUAGGAGGCAGUCAGGCCAAAGAGAAAGGAUGCGUCAUAUGCUGAGAACCUCUUUGGUCGAGACUUUCUGACAGACUCUGACACUCGUGCUGCAAGCAGGUGAUCACAAACCUCAGACUUCAGUGCCGAAGGAGGCCGAUCCAAGCUGUGCUGAGACACACGGGAGGAGCGGCUUAGCUUGUAGGCCCAUCUCUGUAUAGUGAUGCAGUAGAUGCUCUGAAAAUGCUGUAAAAUCUGCCUCUACAUUAGCUUACAAAGACAAAACCAAUGUUUACAUUUUGCUAUUUUUUUAAAACUUGGUGGAACUUGAACGCUUAAAGAACAAACAUGGUUCUGAAUGUGUAUUUAUUACAUGUCUAUGUCAAUUUUGCAUAGAACACUAAAUAAAACCACUUGUUACAUUCA